AAAACAGUCACGACCCCUUCCCAUCCGGCACCCAUCGGCCGACCAUCCCAUCCCGUCCGGCAGGCGGCAGCAACCUACGGCCUUCCACCUUCUCCUCUUCCUCCUCUUCCUCUCUCUGUCUCUCUUCUCUCCUCUCCCGUCCUGCAGCGGCAGCCAGCGGCCCAUCAGGCAUAAUCCUUGAGCUUAUGUUGUAUUAAUGGGUAUGGCUUACUCUACAUUCCUAAGCUUAUUGUUGGCGGCUGCUGUCUGGUGUGCUGCAUAUGCAGCUGUUGCAGUUCUUUCUUCAUUUCAAUUCUUCAGUUCGGCAUUGAAUUGGUGAACAAUUUUGGAUAGCGAUCAUGGGUUACGCGCAGCUUGUUAUUGGUCCUGCAGGUAGUGGAAAGUCUACCUACUGCUCUAGUUUGUACCAACAUUGUGAAACUGUUCGGCGGACAGUGCACAUUGUGAACCUAGAUCCGGCAGCAGAAAAUUUUGACUACCCUGUGGCCAUGGAUAUUAGAGAACUCAUAUCCUUGGAUGACGUCAUGGAGGAACUUGGCUUAGGACCAAAUGGAGGCCUUAUUUAUUGCAUGGAGCACCUUGAAGAAAAUUUGGAUGAUUGGUUGGCAGACGAACUGGAGAACUAUUUGGAUGAUGAUUAUCUUGUUUUUGACUGCCCUGGCCAAAUAGAACUCUUUUCUCAUGUUCCAGUUUUGCGGAACUUUGUGGACCAUCUAAAACGCAAGAAUUUCAAUGUCUGUGCUGUAUAUUUGCUGGACUCCCAGUUCAUGACUGAUGUGACCAAGUACAUAAGUGGAUGUAUGGCAUCUCUUUCUGCAAUGGUUCAACUUGAACUGCCUCAUGUCAAUAUUCUCUCUAAGAUGGACCUGGUGACAAACAAAAGGGAUAUCGGAGAGUACCUAAAUCCAGAGGCACCUGUUUUACUAUCACAGUUGAAUAAACAUAUGGCGCCUCAAUUUGCAAAGUUGAAUAAAGCUUUGGCAGAAUUAGUUGAUGACUUUAGCAUGGUGAACUUCUUGCCUCUUGACCUGCGGAAGGAGAGCAGUAUCCAGUAUAUAUUAUCGUACAUCGACAACUGCAUUCAGUACGGGGAAGACGCAGAUGUGAAGGUUAAGGACUUUGAUCCAGACGAAGAUGACUAGCAGCUUGAGUGAUUUUGCCAAUAUCUUACAUCAAAGGCCAGUAAGUUAUUGUAACCAACAGUCCAAGAAAUUGGAUCAGAGUGAAAAUAGUUGCGCUGCGUCUGGAACAACACUUGCUUGAAAAGAAAAACUUUGGUACUUUGGCAGAAUAUGAUCAUGCAUGCGUGCCUGUGCGUGUGUGUGUGUGAUAGUAGUUUUUAUCAAUGUUAUCUUAUGAUUUUGAGAACAACACAUACAUGUAAAUUCUUCCAAAGUUUUUUAUGUUUCCCCACAAUUCCUAUUUGAUUAGAAAACC